UAUUGCGCAAGACCGGAAAAACACACACUCACGGAUAAUGAAGGAAAACAACACAAGGAACUUUUUUUAAUCUUGUCCAUCUCGUUCAGGCCACGGAACUGAAAUGCAUCCGGAUGCCUGACUUAACUUGUGAUGUCUCUGAUGUCUGAUGGCGGAGAAUCUUGCUGCAGAUGCUGAUGAGCUUCCUUCUAUGUUGUGGGGUCUGGACCCCGUGUUCUCCGCAUACUCAAGACUCUACAUCACUGACAUCCUACAGAUGAGGGAGUCCAGACAAGUGCCAGGAGUUUAUUUCUACAAGACCCACCCACUCUUCCAGGUAGAUGUUCUGGGGACAGUUGUUUAUAAGCGGGAGAGAGAAGACUUCUACUGCUAUGGAGUUGAUGAUGGGACUGGUGUCAUAAACUGUCUCUGCUGGAAAGAUGAGAAAUGGAGAGAUCAGGGAGAGCCAACUAGAUUGGAUGUUGUAGGCAGAGGUCCUAGCACAUCUGCUGGAGGCUUUAACAUUGAAGAUGAACUCAGACGGCUAAAGGAAGCCCAAAGGAAAAGCUCAAUGCUUGAGAUCGGAGACCUGCUGAGGGUACGAGGAACUGUCAAAACCUCCAGGGAUCAGAGGGAGAUCAAGGCCACCUCCUUCUAUAAAGUGAAUGACCCUGUGAUGGCAGUGCAGAUCUCACACAUGCUGGAAAUGCCUCAGCUGUACAAGAAGUGCUAUGAUCAGCCAUUCCAGAUGCCAAGUGAUGAAGUGGGCGGCUCAGAGGCUGGUGGGUCCUCACAUUUCCAGUAUUUGCUGUCUCGGUCAGUUCUCACCCUUAAAGAAUUCCUUGCUGAAAAAGAGGUGGCCAGAUUUCGACCUUAUGACGUGGAGUUUCUGUUACAUCCACUGAUCCAGGGCACUUCAGCAGAACAGGAGUCAGAUGCCCCUGGAACCUCAUUUUCCACACAAAUUCGAAAACUUCUGAAAGAGACCCUGAGCAUCCUCCAAGGCGAGGGACAAAUAUUCCGCAAAAUGCGGACCCAGGAUGAAGUCUACAAUGUAACUGAACAAGACAAAGAUCUCCUCUCAGUGAUCAGGGACAUUUUACGAGAGGAUACCAAACGAGACAAAUAUGCUGAGAAAGGAUGCCAUAUCCUGCAUAUAUUGUCCAGUGUAAGACAACGUUACAGCCAAAACCUGAAUCGUGAGGCCCUUGAGGUUGCCCUGACAUUCUUAGAAUGCAACAGUGAUAUAAUCAGCACAACAGAGGCUCACUACACUGUUCUUUAGCAUCCCUUUUUAAACAUUCUGUAAAAGAAAAUAUUAGCAAAGUGUUCAAACACAAUCAGGCAAACAGAAUUUUAACAGUUAUAGCAGCACAAUCCUGUUUGAUUUGAACCAUUAAAGUAAUUUUGUGAUUGA